UGCGGCUAUCGAGGCGGAUAUGCUGAACUUGUCAAUUUCGAUCCUGCUGUAAAAGCCCAGCUCUACAAAUGCUUAUCAGCUAGACUUUGCCCUUCGGUCAUUGGUCAGGCCAUGAUGGAUGUCGUCAUAAAUCCGCCUCAGGAACAGGAGCCUUCCUACACUACAUUCUCUGCAGAACGUGAUGCGGUCCUGAGGGAUUUGGCUGAAAAGGCGUAUCUCAUAACUGAUACAUUGAAUAAUCUGCCUGGUAUUUCUUGUAAUCCAGUUAUGGGAGCGAUGUAUGCCUUUCCCAGACUUCAUCUGCCACAACGAGCUAUUCAGGCGGCCAAAGAUGCCGGCCAGGAGCCCGACUUCUUUUACUGCCUUCAGUUGUUAGAAAAGAAGGGUAUAUGUGUUGUCCCAGGAUCUGGUUUCGGACAACUACCUGGUACAUAUCACUUUCGGUAA